AUGGACAUCAGUGACAUCUCUUUGGGGAUUGUAAUGCUGCUACAGAUCAGCACUGGAGCAUCAGUGAACGUUUUCCUCCUCCUGUUUUAUACCCACAUGGUCUUCUCCAGCCACAAGCUCAGUUCCUCAGACUUGAUCCUCACCCACCUAGCUUUGGCCAAUACCAUCAUCCUUCUCACCUACGGAAUCCCAGAGACCAUUUCUGCUUGGGGAUGGAGAAAUUUCCUGAACACCAUUGGAUGCAAAAUUGUCUUAUAUAUUUACCGAGUGGCCCGGGGCCUUUCCAUCUGCACCACAUGCCUCUUGAGCAACUUCCAGGCCAUCACCAUCAGUCCCAGCACCACCUUGUGGGCAGGGGUCAAAGUCAAAUUACCCAAAUGUAUCAUUCCUUCCUUUGUCUUUUUCUGGGUCCUCAAUCUGUUGAUCAACAUCAAUGCACUGGUGUAUGCUUCGGGUCCCCAGAACAGCACCACCAUUCAAAUUACAUAUGAUCUUAAAUAUUCUUCAAUAACCAUUCUCAGUGCAGAAGCCACCCUGAUAAAUACCGUUAUGCUCUCUGGCCGUGAUCUGCUCUUUGUGGGACUCAUGAGCACAGCCAGUGGCUACAUGGUAUUCGUCCUGCAUAGACACCACCGGCAGGUCCGCCAUCUCCACGGUCCCGGCAGCUUCUCCAGGGCGAUGCCUGAGGUCCGAGCAGCCAAAAGAAUCAUUGCCCUUGUCACGCUCUAUGUCCUCCUCUAUGGGCGCCAUCCUGUCAUGUUUAGCAUUUUACUCAACAGGAAAGAAAAGUCUCCUCUACUAGUGAACAUCCACACAGUGAUGGUAUUUGGCUUUCCUGUCUUCAGUCCCUUUCUGGUGAUUCACAGUGACAGGAGGAUGAGAACAUUUUGGAAAAGAGAAUCAACUGUUUCCAUCGUGGAUCCUUCUUAG